AGGAAUAGAUAACGCGGAGCGAGAGCGAGACUGGCGGGCGAGAGGGCGAGAGGGAGAGGUGAAGGCUGCUGGACACAGCGACAGCGCUGACGAGUCUUUUAAUAUGACAGCAAGCGAUCAGCAAAAUCAUUUCCCAGCUGCUACUAACGAGACGUGCCAUUAUCGGUUAAUAUGAUGUAGAGAUUCGCUGUAUGCACAAUUUAGGGCUCGUUAGACUUCACACAUACUGUAGGUUAUGGUUUUUUUAUUGACUGUAUUUUUAUACUGCCACUUUAAAAUGUUGAAAUAUUCCGCCUAAAUGUGAUCUUACACUAUUAAUAACGCCAAAUACCUAACUUCUCUUGUUUGAUUGACGUACACGUUUCACAGGUGAGUUCGAGGAGUCAAAGCUGUAAUGGUAACAGCUGAGAGGGAAGGAGAGACAGAGUGAGAGGAGGAGACCCGGUGAGACGGACCGAGUCUGGGUUCGGGCCGUUUGCACGGCUGGAUGCCGGACUUUGACACGGGCCGUCCAUCCGUCACUUUCUUACAGCCUCCCCGGCGCUGCUGGGUCACGGCAGCGGCAGCUUUGUGACGGAUGACUAAUCUCCCCCUAAUGAAUGAGACACCACCCUCUGAAUGCCAAGAGGGUUCUGGCACCGCAGGACCCAAAUGAUGAAUGGUAUGCGGGCGCCUUGCCCCGUUCCGGUGCCGGCCGAGCACCGUAGCCGGCGGCUUGUUUGAACGUCCAGCGAGGAUGUCAUGAAUCAUGUCAUCGGAUCGAGAAUCCGCCUCUUUCUCUCUCGUUUCCUUUUUAUAUUUCACGUGUCUGAGUAAGAGAGCGACGGGAGCCGACGACGCAUACGCUCAUCGACAUAUCCGCAAAUUAGAUUGCGCGUGGUUUUAAGAAGGAAACGUGUAGGUGGACAUGAGGGGACACUGUCGCUGUGGAUGAUGCGCGCACUGCUCGGCGCUGCCGCACCAGUCACAUCGUCUUGACUGUGUUGAGUAGAGACCUGUCUUAUCUUCACCCCAUAAUGCGCAGGCGUGAUCCUAUCUGAGCCUCGCAAAAAGCUGCCACCGUCUGAACUACGCGUCGCGCGCGUGUGUUUGUUUGUGUGUGUGUGUGUGUGUGUGCGCGCGCGCGUGUGCCUGCGCGCCGCUCUUCGUGUGGCGCCCGAACGAUCCGACGACCGCCGCAACAGUUUUUCACGACGGUGACAUGAACGUUCGCCUGGCGGCCGAGCUCCCCGAGCAGCGCGGUUCGACCUGUGGAUAGUGUGGCGCGCGCGCGCGCGCGUGUGCGUCCGCGGUCCGUCCGUGGCCAGCCUCAACCUCCGCCGUCUGGGGCGCUCUGCCUCCCCGGCUGCCGCGCGCGCCUCUCGCCGUCGGCUGCGGUCUCAGCCUCUCGCGUGGGAUCCCCGUGUUCCGUUUGACCUGAGCCGCGAGCAGGGAUUCAGUUUAUGAAUGGCCCUGACAUGGAGGAAAUACCGUUUCAGAAAGUCAAAACCAGGCGGAAGAGAAGUCACUGUCCACCGGGGGUCCCUUUGACCACGAUCGCGUGCGAGGACGAGUUCGACUGCAAGGAGCUCGAGUCGCUCUUCCAGAACUACAACCUGAAGCUGGAGCAGACGUCCACCCUGAAAGCCCUGGCCGUGCUCAUCUUCAUGUCUUCGACGCUGGCCGUGGUGGAGCUGCUGUCCGGUCCGAGCCUCACCAUCUCCAAGGGGUCCCAUCCAGUCCACUGUGUCAUCUUCGUCUCCCUCUUCAUCGUGACUAACGUCAAGUACCUGCAAGUGACUCAGCUCCAGCAGAUCGUUAACCUGACGCUGCUCUUCGGCUUCACCUUCUCCUUCCUCUGCUGCCCCUUCCCCCUCGGCGCAAUGGGGCUGGAGCCCCCCACGUCCCCGGAGCAGGGCAUGUGGCAGCUCAUCCUGGUCACGUUCGUCGCCUACGCGCUCCUGCCUGUGCGGACUCUCCUGGCCGUCGUCUUUGGAAUUAUGGUUUCCAUCUCGCAUUUGAUUGUGACUGCCACUUCUGUCAAAACUCAGAAACUGUGGAGAACGCUGGUUGCCAACACAGUGCUGUUCACCAGUGUCAACCUGUCAGGGCUAUUUGUGCGCAUCUUGACAGAGCGGGCCCAGAGGAAGGCCUUCCUGCAGGCUCGCAACUGCAUCGAGGAGAGGCUCCGCAUGGAGGAUGAGAACGAGAAGCAGGAGCGCCUGCUAAUGAGUCUGUUGCCCAGGAACGUAGCUAUGGAGAUGAAAGAGGAUUUCCUGAAGCCUCCAGAAAGGAUCUUUCACAAAAUCUACAUCCAGCGACAUGACAACGUCAGCAUCCUGUUUGCGGACAUCGUCGGCUUCACCAGCCUGGCCUCCCAGUGCACCGCGCAGGAGCUGGUUAAACUCCUCAACGAGCUGUUCGGAAAGUUUGACGAGCUCGCCACGGAGAAUCACUGUCGCAGGAUAAAGAUCCUGGGGGACUGUUACUACUGUGUGUCUGGACUGACCCAGCCCAAGACGGACCACGCACACUGCUGUGUAGAGAUGGGCCUGGACAUGAUCGACACCAUAACGUCAGUAGCCGAGGCCACGGAGGUCAACCUGAACAUGCGCGUGGGCCUGCACACGGGCCGCGUGCUGUGCGGAGUUCUGGGCCUCCGGAAGUGGCAGUAUGAUGUGUGGUCCAACGACGUCACCCUGGCCAACGUGAUGGAGGCUGGAGGACUGCCUGGGAAGGUUCACAUCACCAGAUCAACGCUAGAGUGCCUGAACGGAGACUACGAAGUGGAGCCUGGGAACGGUCACGAACGGAACGCCUUCCUCCAAAAGCAUGAGAUAGAAACCUUCUUUAUUGUGCCAUCCCACAGACGGAAGAUAUUCCCAGGAUUGAUUCUUUCGGAUAUAAAGCCUGCCAAAAAGAUGAAGUUCAAAACUGUGUGCUACUUACUAGUGCAGCUUAUGCACUGCAGGAAGAUGUUCAAGGCUGAGAUUCCCUUCUCCAAUGUCAUGAACUGCGAGGACGGUGAUAAGCGGCGGGCCAUGCGCACGGCUCCACAGAAGCUGAGGAGCCGCACCAGCGCCAACCAGGCCAACGUGAUCCAGAGCAGCCCCAGGACCCGGGUCAACCGCUACAUCGGGCGGCUGAUAGAGGCCCGUCAGACCGAGUCGGACACGGCGGACCUCAACUUCCUCACGCUCAUGUACAAGUGCUCCGAACGCGAGCAGAGGUACCACCAGGUGCCUGACGAGUACUUCACCAGCGCCGUGGUCCUCUCUCUGAUUCUAGCUGCCUUGUUCGGCCUCGUGUAUCUCCUCAUUAUACCGCAGGGCACGGUGGUACUAGUUCUGCUCGUCUUCUGCAUCUGUUUCCUCGUAGCUUGUAUCAUGUACCUGCACGUCACCAGAGUCCAGUGUUUUCCAGGGUGCCUAACCAUUCAGAUUCGCACUGCUCUCUCUAUUUUUAUAGUCCUCUUAAUCUACGCUGUGGCCCAGGCUUGCGUGGUGGGCUGCAUGCCUUGGCUGUGGGGGGGCGCCAACCCCAACAGCUCCGCCGUCGUCAUGGAAACGGAGGGCGACGCCAACCGCACAGCGGCGGCGCUGCCCUGCGACGGCGCCAGCUACGCCUUCCUGUCCUGCGUCGUGGGAACGCUCACCCUGGCGCUGUUCCUGCGGGUCUCCUGGCUGCCAAAGAUGGCGCUAAUGCUCCUUCUGGGGGUGCUGUAUGUCACCGUGUUGGAAAUCAGCGGCUUUCGCAAGACUGCGGGUGGGGGGUCCUUCCACAUCCGGGGAUAUGAGCCCAUCCUGUCUCUGUUGCUCUUUGUCAGUGCCCUGGCCCUUCACUCCAGGCAGCUUGACCUCAAACUGCGCUUGGAUUUCUUAUGGGCUGUGCAGGCGGAGGAGGACAGGGACGGCAUGGAGAAAGUCAAGCUGGACAACAGGAGGAUCCUCUUCAACCUCCUGCCCGCACACGUCGCCCAACACUUCCUGCUGUCCAACCCCAGGAACAUGGUGAGCCUCGCUAAUAGACAGGCAGGCAAACUAAAAGACAAGCAGGAUCUUUACUACCAGUCCUACGCACAAGUGGGUGUGCUUUUCGCGUCUAUUCCAAACUUCAAUGAUUUCUACAUUGAGCUGGACGGGAACAACAUGGGAGUGGAGUGCCUGCGACUGCUGAACGAGAUCAUCGCCGACUUCGAUGAGCUCAUGGAUAAGGAGUGCUACAAGGACAUAGAGAAGAUCAAAACCAUUGGCAGCACAUACAUGGCAGCCGUGGGCCUCGUCCCCACCAUCGGCACCAAGGCAAAAAAGUCCGUUUAUGAUCAUCUGAGCACGAUAGCAGACUACGCCAUCGAGAUGUUCGACGUUUUGGAUGAAAUCAACUACCAGUCAUACAACGAGUUUGUCCUAAGAGUGGGAAUCAAUGUCGGCCCGGUUGUGGCGGGGGUGAUCGGGGCACGGCGACCUCAGUACGACAUCUGGGGCAACACAGUGAAUGUGGCCAGUCGAAUGGACAGCACCGGAGUACCUGGAAAGAUCCAGGUGACUGAGGAGGUCUACCGCCUGCUGAAUACCAACUACGACAUGGUGUGCCGCGGCAAAGUCAGCGUCAAGGGCAAAGGCGAGAUGCUGACCUACUUCCUGGAGGGGAAGGUCCAGUGCGUGGGCACCGCCACCACCUCGUCCGUGAUGCGCUCCGCCAGCCUGGCGCGCCGCAUCCACUCCUGCGGCAAAACCAGCGUCUCCGCCAACCUGGGCAGCGUCUCCUCCACCGCCAGCCUGGUCCCGGGCGGCGCCGGCGCCGGCGUCCAGGCCAACGCCGCCAACAGCAGCGGCGUCCAGGCCAACGCCGCCAACAGCAGCGGCGUCCAGGCCAACGCCGCCAACAGCAGCGGCGGCCAGGCGGCGUGCGCGGCCUCCGCCUUCGUGCCCGCGGUGCGAGAGGAGGACGAGGGCGACGUGGAGCUGACGGCCGUGGAGGUCGAGGUCGCGGCAGACGUCGGGGACACGGCGGUGUAGGAGCUGGCGAGGAAGACGACCCUGGCCUGAAGAAGACGAGGCUGCUUCCAAUAAGCUAUUGGUGAAACCUCAUCAGGAAUUGAACUGCGUGAUACAGACAAUCAUAUUUGUGUUCUGUUUUUUUUUAUGUAUUUCUUUUUUACUGCUUGCUCUUCGUGGAGUGAAGAAAUCUCCCAAUCGCUUCUAACAUCUCCACUGCAGAUCGGUGGUGUUCCUGGCUCACGCACGGCACACGCCUCCUCGUUUUCUACGCGCUACAUAUUCGACCGAUACGACUGAUCGUGCUGCCGCUUUUGCACCGUCUUUCUGGUUAUGCCAAGGAUCCAUUGCGUUAUUCCCAGUAUAAAACGGUGUUGUUCCUCUUCUCGGUGCGUGUACGCAUGCAUGUGUGUACCUGUGAGCGUGCGUGUGCAUGUGUGGUUAAUUCUGAAUUGUAAUUUUUAUACUCUCACUGGAUGGAAUACACUUUUUCUCAGAGGCGUAUUUAGAGUAAACAGUGCAUGACUUUAUAAGCGUUAACAGCCAUAGUGACAGUUCUCCUGUUGAAAGAAACCAAAGUAUUGAGUAUAGAUCCUUGAGUUUUACUGUGGAUAUUGCCUCACUGCACCAGGGCCGCGGGAAAGCGUUAGUCGGCCGUACCCAUCUGACACAUGGCUCUUUCUAAUGUUUUUACCUGCUUGAAACGUACCUUGACUUUUCCUGACAAUCUUAACCAGAUGAAACGUUCCUCAACCAUUCGAGUUUCACCCGAUGUGGCUUGAGGCUCUGACACCGAACCACUCUUUGGAGCCUUGAUGCCAAAAAGAAGGUGCAGUCUGAAAGUAUUAACAAAGAAGCAGUCAGCGCAGGUAUUUUCCACAGUGAAGCACAUUAUUUAAGCACAUCCGAAUGCACGCAAAUGCACAACUCACUCUUUUACUCCUUGCGCCCCGUGAAGGCUCCACCUUCACAUGCGUUUCUGCCACAUCCACGCUCCGUUUGGGGUUUUCCACCGAAUCUCUAGGCUUUAGCACAGAUACCGUCGCAGACACGCGUGGCACUCUUUGUCUUUAUCGGCUUAUUAAACGCGGACUUGAUCUGCAAGAGUGUAAAUACAUAAUGUUUUCAAGUUUUCUGCCUUACGGAAUAAGCUUACAGUGAUUGCAACUUGCCUUUUUAGAUAUAUUCACUUUGAUAUGCAGAGUUUUGUAAAUAGCCAAAAAGCUGUAAACUAUGUUGUAUCUUGUACAGUGUAAAGUUGAGUUAUUGGAUAUUUUGUAAUAAAGACAUUGUUGGUGUAUAAAAUAUCACAUGGCAAUGAAUGUCAAUAAAUAUGAGCGAUUAUUGGCUACCAA